CAUGCAAACAUUACGUGCGCGCUCAGUAGAACACACUGCAAUCUGAGCGCACAUGCCUUCAGAGUGUGUUUUGAACACAUUCGAUGUAAACUUGCCUGUAGCUGAGACAUUAUGCACAAGAGGAACAGCGCUGUCACGUACUUCACGGCCGAAUUCCCGCCCACUUCGCGCGGGUUCUCUCUCUCUGUGUGUGUGUGAUAGGCGUGAUCGUGGCAUGAAAUCUAGGAGUUUGUGUCCACACACACACAGAGAGAGACUUGCUCAGUGGAAUUUGGCUUUUUGGAAGGAAACGGCAGAGAAUCGGUGGUUGUGUGUUCCCAUGAGCACCUGUGGAGUAUUUUACUUUCCCUUUCCUGUAAAUCAAAGCUCAUCCUAUUAGUCAGCUUGUAGCCGGAGAUCAAGGUUGUGUGUGUCAGCGGGUGAGAGCGGCGCGGGUGAGCAACUCAAAGCAGCAUGUGUUGCCAUGGACUGCGUGUCUCGUGAGCUGUCGCUGUGAGGUGCGAGACCCGUCGUGGAGAGGAGAGCUGGCGCUAAGCAGUCGAGACUAAAGAAAAGCACACCUGCCGAGAAAAUGGGUGAGGAGGGACCGCCCAGCCUGGAGUAUAUUCAGGCCCGGGACCUGUUCCCCCAGAAAGAGCUGGUCAAAGAAGACGACGCUCUACAGGUCCCGUUCCCUGUCCUGCAGGGCGAGUGUGUGGAGUUUCUGGGCCGAGCGGACGAUGCCAUCAUCGCCAUCUCCAACUACAGACUUCACAUCAAAUUCAAAGACUCCAUCAUCAACGUUCCUCUGAGGCUCAUUGAGGGCGUUGAGAGCAGAGAUAUGUUCCAGCUACACAUCAUCUGCAAAGACUCUAAAGUAGUGAGGUGUCAUUUCUCGACGUUCAAGCAGUGUGAGGAGUGGCUGAAGCGCCUGAACCGCGCGAUCACACACCCGGCCCGUCUGGAGGAGCUGUUCGCGCUGGCCUAUCACGCCUGGUGUUUAGGAGGAAACACGGACGAUGAAGACCAGCACCUGCACCUGUGCAGACCAGGUGAUCAUGUGCGGCACAGGCUGGAGGUGGAGGUGAAGCGGAUGGGCUUCGACAUGCAGAACGCCUGGAGGGUGUCCGACAUCAACAGCAACUACAAGUUGUGUUCGAGUUACCCUCAGAAGCUGCUGGUGCCCGUCUGGAUCACAGAUAAAGAGCUGGAGAGCGUGGGCUCCUUCAGGUCCUGGAAGAGGAUUCCUGUGGUGGUGUACCGGCACCAGCGUAACGGGGCGGUCAUCGCUCGCUGCAGUCAGCCCGAGAUCAGCUGGUGGGGUUGGAGGAACACCGAGGACGAGUAUCUGGUGACGUCCAUAGCGAAGGCCUGUCAGCUGGACGCCGGGCCACAGGUCUGCAGGACCAGAGACGGACCCGACUCGUGCGACAGUGACUUCGACUCGUCUCUGACGGGAUGUCCCGUUCCUGACGCCAGCGCCGCGGCCCAGAAGUUGCUGAUUCUCGAUGCCCGCUCAUACACCGCCGCCGUGGCGAACCGUGCCAAAGGUGGAGGCUGCGAGUGUGAAGAGUACUAUCCCAACUGUGAGGUGAUGUUUAUGGGCAUGGCCAACAUCCACUCCAUCAGAAACAGCUUUCAGUCGCUGCGAGCGGUUUGCAGUCAGAUCCCGGAUCCCGGCAAUUGGCUCUCGGCUCUGGAAAGCACCCGUUGGCUCCAGCAUCUGUCCGUCAUGCUGAAAGCCGCGACUCUGGUGUGCUCCGCGGUGGAGCGCGAGGGACGUCCGGUGCUCGUCCACUGUUCAGACGGAUGGGAUCGCACCCCGCAGAUCGUGGCCCUCGCAAAGAUCCUUCUGGAUCCCUUCUACAGGACCAUAGAGGGUUUCCAGGUGCUGGUGGAGACCGAGUGGUUGGAUUACGGGCACAAGUUCGCAGACCGCUGUGGUCAUCAGGAGAACAGCGAUGACGUGAGCGAACAGUGUCCGGUGUUCCUGCAGUGGCUGGACUGUGUUCAUCAGCUCCUGAAGCAGUUCCCCUGCCUCUUCGAGUUCAACGAGGCCUUUCUGGUGAAGCUGGUUCAGCACACGUACUCCUGUCUGUACGGCACCUUCCUGUGCAAUAACGCAAAAGAGCGAGAGGCUCGAAACGUCUAUAAACGCACAUGCUCCGUCUGGUCUCUCCUUCGCACCGGAAACAAGAACUUCCAGAACUUCCUCUACAUCCCCUGCCAUGAUAUGGUUUUGCAGCCUGUAUGUCACACGCGGGCUCUUCAGUUGUGGACGGCCGUUUAUCUGCCUACAUCAUCACCGUGCACCGCGGCCGAAGACGCCAUGGAGAUCUACCUGAGCCCUUCAGCACAAGGAGAGGAGUUCACCUCGCGCUCGCUCGACAGGCUCCCCAAAACACGGUCGAUGGACAACUUGGUGUCUGCUUGUGAGAACGGCGUGACGCUCACUCGCACCUCAAGUGACCCUAACCUGAACAAACACUGCCAGGAGGGACGGCCAGCGCUGGAGUCCAAUCAGCCGUUGGCGAUCCAAGACACGUCGAUCACUAGAUUGGUCAGCGAUGAGCAGGAGUUGGAGACGUGCGAGGAAUUAUCUUGUGAGCAACAUGAGGACGAUGUAAGGGUGGAGCCUUGUUUGACAACCCAGCCAUUGCCGACUUUGCCCCACCCCUUAGCAUUAGAUCAGGCCCCGCCUCUUCCGGUUUUAAAUCAAGCCCCGCCUCCAGUUCCAAUCAGUCCCCUCCCACCUUUACCACAGGAAGAGGAAGUCAGGACUGCAGAAAUCACUUCCACAACCUCAAAUUCACCUUUUGCACACGUAGAAAACACUAGCGGCUCUUUGGACUCCGAGCUCGAACGCUUUUCUCCAAUGGAGGCAUCCGUGGAGACUCUAACGGAGCAAAGCGCCAUCGCUCCAGCUGGGAUUGAAUCGCACAUCCCUGUCGAAGCAAAAAAGACUGAUGCGUUAAGAAACGGAGAACUUGUUCCUGUGAGAGAACGGCCACCCCCUGCCGACUACGCCAAAGCAGCACGGCGUCUUAUUUCCCAAAGCCAGUUGACUGAUCUUUCCCUACUUGGCUCCCAAUGGGACAGCGUCCAGGGCCUCGUCCAGUCGGCCUGCGGUGACGCCAUUCAACACGGGAGCUAUCAUGGCCGUCGACUGGCAAACAAGCUUCUUCGCGCCCAAGGUGGAAGUGCAAACGGUGGGCCGUGUUGUCGCCGUGACCCUUUGCGCACUCCUGGAAGUCCGAUCCAGUCGGGUUGGUUUUCCGCCGUGAAGAACUCGAGCUACGCUGCACUGUGUUCCUCAGCCGCCUCUUCGUUAGCAAUGGGGCCGUCCUUCCGGCAGCUUCUACCCUCCCAUUUCUCACCCUCCUCAGGCGGAUCUCUGGCUCCAUCUCAGACGCCCGCGUACCUGGACGAUGACGGUUUGCCGGUGGCGGUGGACGCGGUGCAGCAGCGGCUGCGACAGAUCGAAUCUAAUUACAAACAGGAGGUGGAGGUGUUGAGGCGGCAGGUUCGACAGCUCCAGCUCAAACUAGAGAGCAAACAGUUCUGCACGCCGCCCUCCGAACCUGACGUCGACUAUGAGGAUGAUAUC